UAGUCCUCUUGAUCUUUCUUUCUUUCUUUUUUUUCUUUUUUUUUUUUGGACAAAAGUCCUCUUGAUCUCGGGACUGAUAAUAUAAUAUGGAUUUUCUUAAAUAGAUAAUAAUAAUAAUAAUUUAGGGUUCAACCGUAAAUAAUAAUCAACCGUAAUGUGCAAGUGUUUCCAUAACCAUUGCUGAAUUUGCCGAGUGAAACAACCAACAAACCCCAAUAACUAGUCUUGUCUUCUACUACUAUUUACUAUGCAGAGCUACAGCCCAUGAUCUCACUCCUGAGAAGGCUAUCAACAUCACCUCCGCUACUCAUGGAGCCGGCCAAUUCUUGUGUAGGGUCACAGAGACUUUUGGCCUUGGCCCAACAGCUCCGUCUCUACAAGCCACCUCCUUUCUCCUCCGACGAUGAUAUUGAGGAGCAGAGAAUCGAAGAAAUUGCUCACAAGGUUGUGUCGCAGGUGGGUUUUGCUGAAUCUAAUACCCCAAUUGCACAAGACCCAGAAAGGUUCAGACCCAAGAGAGCCGCUGUUUUGCUCUGUCUCUUUGAAGGGGAUGUUGGGGAUCUGCGUGUUAUUCUCACUAAGAGGUCAUCAAAGCUGUCCACCCACUCGGGUGAAGUUGCUUUGCCAGGCGGGAAAACAGAGGAGGGAGACAAAGAUGAUGGGGACACGGCAACAAGGGAGGCAAAAGAAGAGAUUGGUUUGGAUCCUUCGCUUGUCAAUGUUGUCACUGUUCUCGAACCAUUCUUGUCUAAGCACCUACUGAGAGUUGUCCCCGUUAUUGGCAUACUCAAUGAAAAGGAAGCAUUCAAGGCUGCUCCAAAUCCUGCUGAAGUGGAAGCCGUAUUCGAUGCUCCAUUGGAAAUGUUCAUCAAGGAUGAAAACCGGAGGUCAGAGGAGAGGGAGUGGAUGGGAAACAAGUAUCUGAUUCAUUUCUUUGACUAUGAAACCAAGAACAAGAAGUACAUAAUAUGGGGCUUAACUGCUGGUAUCUUGAUUAGGGCUGCAUCAAUUGUAUACAAACGCUCACCACCUUUUGUGGAGCAGAAUCCCAUUUACAAGGUUCCUAGAGUUGUAGACAUAAAUACCACGAUUCCGUAAUUUUUUUUAACAAACUGUGGAUUGGGUUGUAUUUGAAAUGAUCUUCUUUCCUGCAAUAAUAUUUACCUCAAUAUGCACUCUGUUCAAUAAUAGGAACAUUUAAGUCA